AUGGUAUCACAUCUUUCAACUGCCGGGGUCUCUCUGGCUGAAUUACCGAAAUCACAUGUUUUCACUUCUAAAUUGCCCUCCGAUCCGGCUUUUGAAACACCGGAAUCCUCGCAUAAGGCUCCAAGGGAAACUUUAGGGCCUCGCAUGGUCAAAGGAGCUUUGUUCACAUACAUUCGCCCAGAGCAGACCGAUGACCCAGAACUACUGGGAGUCAGUUUGAAAGCGAUGAAAGACUUGGGAUUGAAACCAAACGAGGAACAAACAUCACAAUUUAAGGCACUGGUCGCCGGGAAUGAAAUUUGGUGGAACGAGGAACAGGGUGGAAUCUACCCAUGGGCACAGUGUUAUGGAGGGUGGCAAUUCGGUUCAUGGGCCGGACAACUUGGAGACGGGCGUGCAAUCAGUCUCUUCGAAUGUGCCAACCCGGAGACAAAUACGCGGUAUGAGCUGCAACUGAAAGGAGCAGGCAAAACACCCUAUUCGCGUUUCGCAGAUGGCAAAGCUGUCCUCCGGUCAAGUAUCCGUGAAUAUGUGGUCUCAGAAGCACUCUCUGCCCUCGGUAUACCAACCACUCGGGCACUCUCACUCACGUUGGUUCCUAAUGCCAGGGUACUGCGAGAGCGUCUUGAGCCAGGAGCAAUCGUUGCCCGGUUUGCUGAGAGUUGGCUAAGAAUCGGCACCUUUGAUCUUCUUCGCGUUCGCGGAGAUCGCGAGCUGAUCAGAAAGCUUGCGACAUAUGUUGCAGAAGACGUCUUUGGUGGAUGGGAAUCCCUUCCCGAAAUUGUAUCGCUGCGGGACCAGCAGUCUUCCACGCAAAUCGAUAAUCCCCAAAAGGGACUGUAUCGAGAAAUCGCCCGCCGCAAUGCCACGACAGUGGCCGCGUGGCAGGCCUACGGCUUCAUGAAUGGCGUGCUGAAUACUGACAACACAUCCAUUUAUGGCUUGUCGCUAGACUACGGCCCGUUUGCGUUCAUGGACAACUUUGAUCCCCAGUACACCCCGAACCAUGACGACCACAUGCUGCGAUACGCCUAUCGCAACCAACCCAGCAUUAUCUGGUGGAAUCUUGUCCGGCUCGGGGAGUCACUAGGCGAGCUGAUCGGGGCUGGAAACCGGGUUGACGAUGAGAGCUUCGUCAACGAUGGGGUGACAGAGGAGUUUGAACCGGAACUCGUCAAGCGCGCGGAGAAGAUUAUUGAGCGUGUGGGCGAGGAGUUCAAAGCAGUAUUCCUAAACGAAUACAAGCGCUUGAUGGGCCAAAGGCUAGGACUGAAAACACAGGCCGAGUCAGACUUCCAAAAUCUUUUUUCAGAGAUGCUGGACACACUUGAAGCACUCGAACUGGACUUCAACCACUUCUUCCGCCGGCUUUCGGGGAUGCCACUGUCUAACCUAGAUACCGAAGAAGGCCGAAGGGAAGCGGCCUCGGUCUUCUUCCACGCUGAAGGUUUCGGUGGGAUUGGAUAUACCGAGGCUACAGCUAGAGAUCGCAUUGCGAAAUGGCUGGAUAGUUGGCGGCUUCGCGUCCUAGAGGACUGGGACCCCACAAACGACGAGGAAAGACAAAAGGCCAUGAAAUCGGUCAACCCGAAUUUUGUGCCUCGAGGGUGGAUUCUCGACGAGCUCAUCGAACGUGUGGAGCGCAAAGGAGACCGAGAUAUUCUUGGCCGGAUCAUGCAUAUGUCUCUGAACCCGUUCAACGAUGGAUGGGAUCUCCACAAAGAAGAGGAAGAGCGUUUCUGUGGGGAUGUCCCCAAGUACAAGAGGGCUAUGAUGUGCAGCUGCAGUUCGUAA